UUGCUGUACGGCCGCGGUAGCCAGCCAUCCAGCCCGCCGUUGUGCGCAGGCGCAGUGGAUGAGGGAGCGGGCGGGAAGCGACUCUGGGCUGAAGGGAGACUGUUUGGCAACCUCCCAUCCUCCUCCUCUUCCUUCCAGUGCGACAAACACCUCAGCAGGUGUGGGGAUCCUGUGGUGGACUAAAAUGGAGCAACCCACAGUCAGUCUGUGGGUGAAAAUGGAACCUUUCAUAGUGGGAGCCUUGCAAAUUCCACCUCCAUCCAAGUUGAGCAUGCAUUUUCUCCGAAAGAUGUCAACCUAUGUCCGGAUGCGUUCUAGUGAAGGCUAUUAUCCAUACCUCUUCUGGCCUAUGUGGAGACACAUUGCUUGUGGAAAACUUCAGUUGGAGAAAGAUCUGGCAUGGCUGUAUUUUGAAUUGUUUGACAGUCUUGUAGAACGGACCUCAGAGCAACGACUGGGAUGGGCAGAAGUGAUAUCCAACUGUGCAACUGAAGAGGAGGCAGAGAAGCAAAGGAAUAAGUUAUCUGUGGAUACUCUUCAAUUCCUGCUGUUCCUAUAUAUUCAGCAACUUAACAAGGUUUCCCUGAAGACAUCAUUACUUGGAGAUGAGUGGCCAAGUCCUAGAUCUCGGUCUUUCAGUCUAACUGAAGAAUCCACCAAUCAGAUUAAGAAUUGGAAUGACAGCUACCAUGAAGAGUUUGUUCAAAACCAUCUCCAGGAUCUUUUGGAAUUGUUGCUGGACCCAGAUCAACUCACUGCCUCCCUUCACUCUACCCAUGAUAGUAUGGUGUCUUCUGAAGCUGUCCGAGCACUUGGCUUUCUUAUUAAAGGGUGUGUGAACAAAAGCAGGACUGUUCACAGUUUGCACAAGCUUGCACUCUGGCAGCCAUUACAUUCCAAGACUGGCUACUCAAAGACCUCCAAAACCUUCUCUUUCCCCAAACUAGAGUCAUGGUUGAGGGCUUGUCUUACCAGCAACCCAUUUGGCACAUCAGCCUGCCUCAAGUCUGGAAAGAAACUUUCAUGGGCACAACAAGGAGCAACCAAACGAGCCAAGAUAGCCUGUAAUACUGAUAUGGUUCCUUCAGGACACCGCAUAGUUGUGAUGAGCCAAGUUUAUAAGCAAACAAUGGCAAAGAGCUCCAGUACCUUAGAAGAUACCCAUGUCAAGAUUCAUCGCUGCUGUGAAUCCUUCAUCUAUUUGCUGUCCCCCUUGAGAUCGGUGACAAUAGAGAAGUGCAGGAAUAGUACCUUUGUUCUGGGUCCAGUACGAACAGUUGUUCACCUCCAUAGCUGUGACAACAUCAAAGUUAUUGUUGUUUGUCACCGUCUUUCUCUUUCCAAAACUACCAAUUGCAUCUUGCAUAUUCUCACUCCAACUCGACCUCUCAUCUUACUUGGUAACCAAGCAAUAACUCUUGCUCCAUUCCACACCCAUUAUCCAAUGCUUGAAGACCACAUGGGGAGGUCAGGAUUGGCUACAGUUCCUAAUUAUUGGGAUAAUCCCAUGUUAGUAUGCAGAGAAAACUGUGAUAAGGAUGUGUUUAAACUCCUUCAACCUUUGGAAUUUUACCCCUUUGUUGUUCCAUUUGAAAUGGAAGGAGACACAACAGAAAUACCUGGGGGAUUGCCACCUGCAUACCAGAAGGCACAAAGUCAACGAGAACGGAGAAUCCGGAUCUGGCAGAAAACCGUAAAAAAAGCAGGCUUGACAAAAGACCAGAGGAAGGCAUUCCAGGUGUUGGUGGAGAAAAAGUUCUCUGAAUGGCUUGUUCAAACUGGCAAUCUUCAACAACUUGACAGCCUGGAACUUCCUGCUGCUGGUUCUAAACAGGCAGCAGGUUAGAAGAGCAUUUGAACUUGACACAAUUCUGUCAAUGCACUGGAAGUAUUUCUUCUUCAAAUUUGAGGCUACAUCCAUUUUGAAGGUUUUUGUGGCAUUGCUGAUGAAUUUGAAAUUGUGAACUUGCUUAGUAGCAUUCUGAAGGAACAGAUGGACUUUCUGUUCCUUUCUGUUUGUUUUGGUAUCUUUCAUUGCCAUGCAGUCUUCAUAGGAAAUUGGGAAACCCUGCUGUUAACAUGCGAAAUUGAGCUUUCUAGCAUGUGAAAUAAAUUACAUUUUUGCUGCUGUUAACUGAAAACGGAUUGAUUUGUAUGUAAUGUAUUUUUAUAUCAUUGUUUAGCACUUGAACUAUGAUAUUUAGUUAAACAGGAUUUUGUUUGUGUUCCAUUUCCUUUUUUCUAGAUGUUUCUGUGUGUUGAAAAAAUUCAGUAUUAUCUUUGUACAUCUGGAUAAUGAUUUUGGAGUUGGGCUGGAUAUGUAUAAGACCCAUUGCAAUAUGUGGGGCAUAAGUCUUAAAUGUGACUAUCGGCACACCUAAGCUGUUGAAUUAAUGCAUUUUGAGCCACUUUAACUGCUGUCUCUCAAUGCUAUCAGAUCAUGGGAACUAUAGUUUGAUGAAGUACCAGCAGUAUUUAGCAGAGGAGUCUAAAGACCUUAUCAAACUUCAACUCCCAGGAUUUCAAAGCCUUGAGCCACAGUAAUUAAUGCAGUGUUAAACUGCAUUAAUUUUACAGUAUAUAUGUGUGGAUCCCUCUCUUUGCUCCCCCUUCAAAGAAAUAGCUGUUAUGCUGAGUUGUGCACUCCUUUAAUAUGCUUUGCAGACAUAAAAGAAUAGUAAAAUGUUUCUUACUGAAACACAUUUAGCUUGACAGGUGGGUAUAAACAGACCCUGUCAUUGCUGGGUUCCUGUUAGAUCUUGUUUCCCAGCAAGGGACCCAGUGUCAGCUGCUACAGUGCCUUGACUUGAUCCUGUAUGUUCGCCCCUAUCCCUUUUAAUUAAGAACUCAGUAGCAGAAAUAAGGUAAAGAUUUUUCAGUCUCUUUCUCCUUCACUGUUUAAAAUGCAGAUAACUUUUUCGUGAAGAGAAGGGCAGAUCUUGGCAGGGCGAUGCCAACUCAGUGGGCUGCAUUUUGCCAAUUCCUGCACUAGGUGGCUUUGUGGUUUGCAAACAGAGAGUUAGAGCAAGCGAGCUGGGAGAUGGAACCUAAACGCUCUUCACCUCCCCAAAUAAUUAAAGUUGGAUAUCCAUUGGUACAUUCGUAACUAACCCUGUUUGCCUUGUGUUUUUUUUUCUGAAGAUGCAAAAGAGUAAAGUGAUUCAAGCAAGUUUCUCUUGAAAAUAAGAUGAUGAAAAAAAGAAAAUGAAAAUUUUUAAGUUACUCCUGAAAACUAUGUAAGCAUCAUGGAUGCUGUAAUGGAAAGUUAAUUAAGUCUUCAGGUAUUUCCCAAUGCCCAUUGCAAAAGCAGUGGGGAGUCACUUUGAUCUAAAUUCAGUUACUAGUUCCUUUGAAUCUCUUGCUGAGGGUGCGUCUGCUUUGUACAAUUAAUGCAGUUUGACACCACUUUAACUGCCAUGGCUAAAUGCUAUGGAAACCUGGGAUUUAUAGUUUGCUGAGGCACCAGCACUUGCAAAACUAUAACUGCCAUGAUUUCAUAGCAUUCAGCCAUGGCAACUAAAAUGGUAUCAAACUGCAUCAAUUGUACAAUGCAGAUGCACCCUCAGCAACAGAUUGGCAUUAAUUCUACAGUGUAGAUGCACCAUAACUAUUGAACAAUUAUUAUACCCCUCUGAUUCAGUGGGUCUACUUUAGUUGAAACAAACAGUUUGAUUUAGGCCUUUUAGUGCUAUGCAGACUUUCUUUAGGUAAGUAUUGUUAUAUUCACUGAGACCUACCUUGUGGGUUUUGUCACUUUGUGAAUAAAAUUUGAAAAAUGA